AUCUCUGUGCGACAAAUAUAGGUUAAAGGUUUUACGGUCAGUGUAUCGGGAAAGUUAUGUACAGAACCAUGAACCUGAACAGAAUCAUUGCUUUGUCAAAAACAGCUAAGCUGGGAAAGACUUUACUCUGCGGUCGAGCCGGUAAAGAGCUGAGCUUUGGCUUUAACGUGUCACAGCGCGGUGUCCAGACGAGUUCAAGGAGUUUAGUGUACGGAAAAGAUCUGUUCUUAGGGAAGGUAAACAAGAAUGAAGUCUUUCCUUAUCCAGAAAUCAGUAAUGAAGAAUUAGAAGAGAUUAAACAAUUUGUUGCUCCAGUGGAGAGGUUUUUCAGCGAGGAUGUGGAUUCUAAGAAGAUUGAUGAGGAGGCAAAAAUCCCACCUGAAACCUUGGAUGGGCUCAAAGCACUGGGGCUGUUUGGAAUCCAGGUGCCUGAGGAGUACGGUGGCCUUGGUCUCUCCAAUACCAUGUACGCUCGGUUGGGAGAGAUCACAUCCCUUGAUGGAGCCAUUGCUGUCACACUUGCAGCACAUCAGGCCAUUGGCUUAAAGGGAAUCUUGUUGGCUGGAACUGAGGAGCAGAAGGCCAAAUACUUGCCCCGACUGGCUUCAGGAGAGCAUGUAGCAGCGUUCUGUCUGACUGAGCCCGGCAGUGGAAGUGAUGCUGCCUCUAUUCAGACACGUGCUACACUGACAGAAGAUGGAAAACAUUUCCUGCUUAAUGGCUCAAAGAUCUGGAUCUCCAAUGGUGGGAUGGCAGAUAUCAUGACAGUUUUUGCAAGAACAGAGGUGUUGGACAAGGACGGGCAAAAGAAAGACAAGAUAACAGCCUUCAUAGUGGAGAGAGCGUUUGGUGGGGUGACCAGUGGCAAACCGGAGGACAAGCUGGGAAUCAGAGGCUCUAACACAUGUGAAGUAGCAUUUGAAAACACCAAAGUGCCCAUAGAGAAUGUGAUUGGAGAGGUUGGUGGUGGAUUCAAGAUUGCUAUGAACAUCCUGAACAGUGGGAGGUUCAGCAUGGGAAGUGCGAGUGCAGGAAUGAUCAAGAAGCUGAUUGAGAUGACGGCAGAAUAUGCAGGCACAAGGAAACAGUUCACCAAGAAUCUGGCUGAAUUUGGGAUGAUUCAGGAGAAGUUUGCCAUCAUGGCCCAGAAUGCGUUUGUGAUGGAGAGCAUGGCAUAUCUGACUGCUGGCUUGAUGGACCGGCCUGGAGUUCCUGACUGCUCUGUAGAGGCAGCCAUGGUGAAGGUCUUCAGCUCCGAGGGUGCUUGGGUGUGUGUGAGCGAGGCAUUGCAGGUUUUGGGAGGACUUGGAUAUACCAAGAAUUACCCCUUUGAGCGCUACCUCAGGGACUGUCGAAUCUUGCAGAUCUUCGAGGGAACCAACGAGAUCCUGAGGAUGUACAUUGCUCUCACCGGAAUGCAGUAUGCAGGCAAAAUCCUAACAGAAAAAAUCAAGCAGAUGAAAAAGGGGAAUGUCAGCGUGGUGGUUGAGAUUUUGGCCAAGAAGCUCAAGGACUCUCUAGGGAGGACCGUGGACUUUGGCCUGACGGGAAAGGAUGGUGUGGUUCACCCCAGUUUGACGGAGAGCGCUAAGAUGUUGGAGCAGAACGUGGCCUUGUUCGGCUCCACUGUAGAAAGCCUGCUCUACAGAUACGGAAAGACUAUAGUUGAUGAGCAACUAGUGCUGAAGAGAGUGGCCGAUACACUGAUUAACCUCUACGCAAUGACAGCAGUGCUGUCCCGUGCCAGCCGCUCCAUCAGCAUCGGCCUCCGCAACCACGAACAUGAGGUGCUGCUAGCAAACACCUUCUGCAAGGAUGCCUACUUCAAAAACAACUACUGGAUGACUCAACUGCAAAGAAAUUCCCCAGAGAACAAUGACGCCAACAUUAAGAAGAUUGCCCAGGAAGUCCUGAAGAACCGGGCAUAUGUCUGCUCCCACCCUCUUGAAAGAACAUACUGAUGUGGCAAUUAAAUCUUUUAGAUGUAACUGUACUGCAUUCUGAUUGGAUGUCAGGCACUUUCUGGUUGAUUCUGGUUUAGGUCAUACUGACAGCCCCGUCCUUCACUACCUUAUUACUAAAGGUCUUUGUGUUAAUUUAACUGUAUAUGCAGUCUAUUACCUUGAUCUUCUCAAUAAUGUAUCAUUGUAAAUACUAAUCUCCACAGUUCAAAAUACUGUAUUAAUAAGUGAACACCACUGUGACAUUUCUACAGGUUUAUUCAUUUGUUGUUUUUUUUUAUAUAGACAGGGAUGUAUAUGAUGUAAGAAACAACGCUGCUUCAUAAUACACAGUAGCUCCGAAGCCUGGAGCUGCAGUAGCUCUGAAGCCUGGAGCUGCACCAGCCUUUUUACUUAAUGAAAACCGCAACACUGUUACAGGUCUUCAUUUCUAUGACAUUUCUCUUGUGCUGGGUGUUACUCAAAUCUGUGUACAUGUUGGUGGUGUUCUGAGGUGCAUGAAAGACAUGCAAACUUUUUUCUUCUUCUGUAAGAGGCUGGGCAUUUCGCUUGUGUUGAAAGGAGUGUGACCUCCAGUAGCGCCUAUUGGGGCAAAAAAAACUUCAGUUACUACUUGAAAAAAUAUUUUUUUUAGCCAUGGGUUGCUUGCGACUUCACCUGGAAGCCUAUGCUCUAAACCAGAAGUAGGAAUCAAACAAACUGCUCACCCAAACUGGCAUUUGCUGAGUUCACUAGCAAGUCUUCGAUUUGUCUGUGUGUCUGACGAAUGGAGGCACUCCAGUUUGUCUUCCUUCAUUGUGUCAGUAUAUGGCAUAGGCUGAAAAUACACACAGUGUUCCUAUUAUUCCGUUUCUGGAUGUGUGACAGGUGAAUGAAGCAGGUUUAUGUAAGUAUAAAGGAUUUUGACAAAUUUGA